GGGUGAACGGUCCAAUCACUGACAUAGGGGUACUCAUGUUCAAGCAUCUAUAAGAAGUGGAUUAUCGCACUUUCCUACUCAAUACAGAUAUUCUCGUCGCAUCAACAGCCAUGCGAAUCACAUGUUUUACCCUUUACAUUGUUGCCCAGGCGCUCACUGGACAAACUCGUGCCCAGGUUGACCUUGGCACUGCGGCAUCCUUCGGUGUGGUUGCCAACACGGCCAUUACCAAUAUAGGUGCCACGAUUGUUACAGGCUUUCUUGGUCUGUCUCCCAAUACUGCAAGUUCCAUCACUGGGUUUCCACCUGGCCAGGCCGAUGAAAUCUACGCCGGUAACGAAGUCGCAAGCCAGGCUCUCCAGGAUGCUGCAACAGCGUACGAUGCUGCCAGCUCGCUAGCAUCUGACUCACAAAUACCGGGAGCCAAUCUUGGCGGACAAACCCUCGUUGCUGGCACAUACACAUCAGCCUCUUCUAUCACCAUAACCGGAACGCUUACGCUAGACGGACAAAACGACCCAAAUGCCCUCUUUGUCGUCCAGAUAGGAUCCACACUCACGACCGGAAGUUCGUCGUCUGUCGUUCUCAUAAACGACGCGCAAGCCUGUAAUGUCUUCUUCCGAGUUGGCUCUGCAGCUACACUCGGCACCUCAACAAGGUUCAACGGCAAUAUUCUGGCCUUGACAUCGAUCUCUCUUCUCAAUGAUGUCAGCGUUAAUGGCGGCCUGUAUGCUUUGAAUGGAGCUGUCACGUUGAGCAACAAUCAAAUUACACCACAGCCAAGUUGUGUUGCAGUCCCCACCAGCAUCGCUCCGACGGAUCCCAGCUCCACCCCACCUGGAUCAUCCACAGAGGCCCCGACCGAUAUUCCAGCGACCAUCAUCCCAACCACGAUACCUGUAUCAACAAUUACUGUUCCAGUUGUUCCAGUUGUUCCAGUUGUUCCAGUUGUUCCAGUUGUUCCAGUCGUUCCAGUCGUUCCAGUCGUACCAGAUGUGCCAGUCGUUCCAGAUGUGCCAGUCGUUCCAGAUUGCCAGUCGUUCCAGAUGUGCCAGUCGUUCCAGUUGUUCCAGUCGUUCCAGAUGUGCCAGUCGUUCCAGAUGUGCCAGUCGUUCCAGGUGUGCCAGAUGUUCCGGUCAUUCCAGAUGUGCCAGAUGUGCCAGAUGUUCCGGUCGUUCCAGAUGUGCCAGAUGUGCCAGAUGUGCCAGUCACUUUUAGUAUCCCCCAAGUGUCUGACACAACAUCUAUCUCCAGGACACCGAGCGUACCUAUUGUCCCCCACCUAUCGAUCACAUCUAUCACACGGACCAAUCCCAGUGUGCCAAGCAUUUCCUCUUCGUCACUGAGAUUUAGUCGAGGCAGUUCAACUAGGCCCGAUACUUCAAUCAUCACCUCUAGGCCUCAAAUUUCAACACCUUCCAGAUCGUCAAGGGUACCGGUGACUUCAACAGCGACGAAAA